GUCAGUUCCGUAUUUCAAUGAUCUUGAUUGACCUUGAAUGUACAAGAGAAUAUUAGCUCGAGCGCUGCUGAAAUAGAUAUCUGUUGUGGUGCAUGUAUUAAUAUGUUUUUAUUAGACAUAAAACAUUCCUUGAUUAGUGUGUUGCAAGAUUAGACCACAUUAGACAUUUAACAAUUUUAGAAUCAAAAAUCCCCAAAACCACAUGACAGGAUACAGGAUAAUCAAUGAGAAACUGGAAAUGUCAAAUUAUUCGAAGGAGUUUUGUUAGUUUCUGCACUGUGAUUUCUGCAGUAUUGUAUAAUUUCAUGUACAUUGGUUUUCAAUUAAAGAUUCCUUAAAAUGAUAAUUACAAACGGAAAAUAUAAAACAACUUUCUAAUGCUCUUUUAUUCUAAAACGAAUCUCAUCAAAAACAUAACCUAGAAGUGUGACUUCUUGUAACAGUUUAUGGUGAAAGGCACUUAUUCCCUUCCGUACUGAACUAGAAUGGUUAACGUAACUUUCACUUCGAAUUUUUAGCACUGAACAGCAGUAGCAGCAAUUAUCUUGAAAACCUCCGACCAAGGACAAGUACUAAGAUUUAAGGAAAUAUGGAUCAUCAUGCACAUAUGGAUCAUAGUGUUCACGGUAUGGAUAGCCAUCCACUGCAUGACGGUAUGGAUAUGACUACUGAUAUGCCUCCACAUUCAAUGGAUGGUCAUAUGUCAAUGGCGUUCCACACUGGUUUUAGUGAAACUGUGCUGUUUGAACAAUGGAAAUUUUCAACCAUCGGAGGAUUAAUUGGUUCGAUGAUUGGAAUUUUUUUCAUGGCUGCGCUUUAUGAAGGUCUUAAGUAUUAUAGGGAAUAUCUAUUUUGGAAAACCUACAAUGCUUUGCAGUAUAGAGCAGUAACUCUUCCCGAAAAAGGUGUGGUAUCAGAAGACAACCAAAUAGUCCACGUGGUUGGAGAAGUCAUCCAUAAACAGCCACCCACUAUGUUGAGCGUCAUGCAUUUUUACCAAACGGCUCUUCACAUGAUUCAAAUGGUCCUAUCGUACUUUCUUAUGUUAAUUUUUAUGACAUAUAAUGUGUGGCUAUGUUUAGCAGUUGUACUAGGAGCUGGUGUAGGAUAUUUCUUAUUUGGAUGGAAAAAGUCAGUUAUUGUUGAUGUGACGGAACAUUGCCAUUAACUAAGUUAAGUGAAUAGGUAAUAAGCACAUUAAGUAGCUGUAAGGACUAUAUACAUUCAGAUGUCUUGCCAGUGCAGUAUGUAAAUUAAUAGAGAAAAAAAAUCAUAUUGUUUUUAAUAAGACUGACAAUUUUAAGUGCCUGCAUUUUUUGUCAGUUGUAACGACUUAGUUUUCUUUUAAUGUGUUAUUACUUUUUUUUUUUUUUUUGUUAAAUAAUGACAUACAGAAUGCACUCAUCUCGUAAUUGUGUUGUGAGCCGAGCCUAAUUUCUGGACAUAUUUUUCCUUAAAAAAAAUUGUAGAAGUACAGUCAUCUUCUGCAAUAUGCUUGUUUAUGUUUAGUCACUAUAAUUUCCCAUCAAGAUUUUGGCUAAUACAGCUGGAUCAAUAAAUACUGUUUCAGGUGGCAAUAGAAUUAACCAAUUCUGAGAAAUUUUCUUGCGCUGCUAUUGCCGAAUCUAAUCUAAAUGUUUGACACUAUGUCAUUUUGGAGCGCUCAAGAAAGUUAGGUAAUAACAUUUUAAUAAUAACACACUUUGAUUGAAAUUAGAUGUCAGUGUCAAUCAUGUCACUUCUGACAACGGGAAAUAAGGUGGUAUGGCAGGUCUGCAAUUCUGCUAAUUUCGAUGAAAAUUUGUUGAAAUGUUGACACCAACUGAGGGAGUAAUUAUUGAUCGCACAUCGUACUGUAUGCCUUUGCCAUUUCUAUUGAAACACCACCUGUUGAUUUUACUUAAAAUUUAGCUUUCGGUUGAUUGCCAACGGCUUUUAGUUAGAAAAUUAUCUGAAUAUGAACGUUGCCAAAUUUACAAUUAACAAGUGGUGUUUCAAUAGAAAUGGCAAAGACUUAUAUUUGUUUUAAACAUCAAAAUCAUUUAUAUUGAGUUUUUCAUCAAAUAAACCAUAAUCUCAAGUUUA